AUGACACCUCCUAAUAUCCCCUUUUUCUAUCGCCUCUGGCACCUCUAUCUCGAACCCUUCGCCGCCCUCGGCGGUGUAUACCACCUGCACGUUGUCCCGCGCGAAUACAUCUCCUUCAUGCCGUCCACCUCCCAGUAUCACCCAACAAGUCAGAUCGUUUACGACCAGCUGGCGUCAACAUACUUCCUCUUCGCGUUUAUCGAGGGCAUCCUCCUCCGCGUCGUUGAUGAUCUGAGGGUGUGGUGGUGGAUAGUAUUUGGCCUAGCACUUUGCGAUGCAGGACACAUAUAUGCAGCGUGGUCUGAGAUGGGUACGGAGCUUAUUCUGAGCCCGUGGUUGUGGUCGCAGAAGGAUGUUGUAACAAACGUACUCAAUGUCCUGCCUUUCGUUACGAGGGCUGCGUUCCUGCUUGGCUUGGGUGUCAAGAGUAACGCCAAGGGCACGAAGCAGGCUUGA